UUGGAGCGUGUUAGUGGGGUAAAUAGUUGUGGCGCAUGCGCGGCACAUAUUUCGUAAACAGUUCGUAGUCCGUAGUGUUGGCCGUACUCAUAGGGAUUACUCAGAAAACAAUGACGACGACUGCAUCGAGAAGUCCCAAGGAACAGUUAGAACAUUGGACUGCCCGUGGCCUACUGUUUGCACUUGUAAUAUUGUACACGCUAAUCGUGUGUUGGUGGUGUGGAUGUGUACCAUUUACAAAUGUCGUCGACAUAUCUUGAACGACAAAACACCGCUGUGCCUGUCCCGCAAAACUUUCAGCCGCAGUAGCGUCUGCCCGGCGUCCUUGGUUUUAGCCUGUUUGCGGCACGAGAAUGGACGACGUUGUAGAGAUCAGCGGCUUGGAAAAUGCCUGCAGAUUGUGUCUUACUACCGAGCAAACGAGGUCCUCGAUUUUUGGCGUGCCGCACGUAUCUGUGCCCUUCGUCGAAAAAAUUCGCGCCUGUUUGUCAAUACAGAUUUCAUCCCAUGAUAAACUAUCAACUUUAGUAUGUACAAAUUGUAUAAAAAAUAUAAACCAAUGGUAUUCUUACAAGGAUAUUUGCCUGCAGUCGCAGGAGAAACUUCAACAAUGGUUUGCAAAACAAAGUACAACUGUUCAACCAGUUGUGACUGUAAAAGAAGAACCAGUAGAUGUAGAAUUUCCAGAUGACAAUCCACAUAUUACAAAUGCAAAUCAUCAUGCUGUGUUAAAUGAUAAGAAUAUGGAUGUUGAUAGUGAAAGUAAUAUUAUACCAAUUAUAAAUAAGAUUAUUCAGGGAUCACCAGAUGAAAUUCUAAAAAUGAAUGAAAAAAUAGACAAAGAUCAUACUGUAAUGAUUCAAAUUAAAAGUGAACCUGUAGAUACAGAAGACGAAGAUGACUGUAAUGUAGAUGUUGAAUCUGUUAAUAGUGGAGAACUUUUAAUUAAUCCAAUGGCAGUAGUGGCCAAUACAGGUAAUAAUGAUAGAAUCAUGGAGGCUGAUUCAACUCAAAAAUUUAGUACCAGGAGGUUUGGAACGAAAAAGAGAAUGCGACGUGGUCCGCAUACUCAUUACAGGGGUAUUCGAUUAUUUAAGAAAAAGUGUGUUCACUGUAAAAUUUAUUUACAUUCUAAGUACUCUUAUACUCAACACAUGUCUAGAUACCAUGGAAUUGUUAAUAAUUUAUCUGUAGAUUUUAUGAAACCUCCAAAUCAACCAUCAAUGAAGAAACAAAAAUCAAAACUGUCUUUUCACACAGAGAAUACAGAACCUAUUACAGAUACACAAAAUGAAAUUAAUAGUGAAGAUUUGGAAUUUGAGAAGAUGAUAAAAACUGAUCCUCUAAUACCAGUGCAAAAGACUAUCAUUAGUCAGUUAAAGACUUUUUCUUGUUAUUCUUGUAAACAAACCUUUUUCGACCGCAGACAUACUUUGAAUCAUAUUCGUCAGCACAUGCCCGAUUUAAGACCAUUCACUUGCAUUGCUUGUCUUACCGAAUUUUCCGAUAGAUCCAUGUAUAAACUUCAUUGUGGGGCCUCGUUUGAAUGUGCUAUGAAAAUAGCUCUUGUAGUCCCGAAAGUUGGUAAUGAGAAAUAUUUCACCUGUAACAUGUGUCUUCGACCGUUUGAUAAUCGUAAAGAGCUUCUUACACACUUAGCCAUACAUGCUGAUAAACAAUACCAACAAUUGGCUCAACCUUUAAGGUCACCGCCGAAAUUGAAACCAAUAAAUCCAUCUCCACCAACUCCUAAAAUUGAUUCAUCACCAAUUAAAAAACCUAUUGUUAAUGUUUCCGGACCUUAUAUGAAUGGUGAUCCAGCUCAUAAUCAUAUGUGUGAUCUAUGUGGUAUGAUUUAUAGGUAUAAACCUAAUAUGUUCAAACAUCGCGAGCUUUGUUCUACUUUACCUGAGAACAUCAGAACCUCGUAUAGAUGCAUUCAUUGUAAUAUGACGUAUCUCGUGUAUAAGAAGUUCUAUACACAUGUAUUGCAUGAUCAUAAAAAACGUGAAAUUACUUGUUUUACGUGUCACGAAAAAUUUACUACCCCUGAUGAUUAUCUUAGCCAUCAUGAGACGCAUCGUGUCCGUUUAGAUAAGGAAAACGUUAAGGAAACAUCAAAUGAACAACAGCCAAAUAACGAGUUUUCGAUAACAGUGAAUCCGUUGAAUUCAGUCAUACAUCCAAUGGACGUUAAUGACAAGCCCUUCAAUUGCGCCCUUUGCGGCGAAGACUUUGCUACGAAAAUAGAGCUUACAGAACAUCGAAACCUUCAUCUCAAAGUAAAAAUCUAUUCGUGCGUUAUUUGCCGAAGUAUGUUCAGUAGUUCGGGAGCUCUUGAAGUGCAUAUGAAGGACCACGGAAUAGAGGAUCCAGGUGAACAAAAUGCCAAUAGCUCAUGCGUUGAAUAUGGACGUCAAAGUCGAUCACAGACCGCGAUGAAUGACUCCUCCACCUCAGAUCCUGGUGGAUGCUUCCAUCACUGUUAUGAGUGUAAUAAGAACUUUUCCAACCUUGCAAAUCUAAAGAGACACGAACGAAAUUUGCACUCCAAGCAAAGGCGUCGCUGGAGUUGUGAUGAUUGCAAAAGGCGAUUCAAGUCAGUCGAAGCUUAUAAUGAACAUGUGAGAACGGAACACGGGUCAACGCAGCAACAACAGCACCUUGAAAAAGUACCGGUUAUGCCGCCGCCUCCGCCACCACCGCAAUUAUCUUCGAGUACCGGCAAGCCACUGAUGCAAUGUCCAAAAUGUCCCAAAACUUUUGCUUAUCAAGGAAAUCUCAUCAUUCACUGCCAAAAUGUCCACAAAGAGAAUCACUUUGAACGUGCGCGAGCGAACGCAGCGCGACCUACCGCUCCAUCUUCUCGGCACACCUCAACCAUUUCGUCUUGGGGCCACUCGUGUGAUCUCUGCGGCAAAACUUUCCGCGAGGAACAAUCCCUCAAGACCCACCGGGGUUGGCACCUUCGAUCGACCUAUCGUCUUAAGGUGGACAAGAACGCGAGUCUCGACGAGACAACGCUUAGUGGUCCGGGCUACACAAUGACUAUGACGAGCUCAUCGAAACCUGCCAAGGCACGCAAGUCCUUCCCCAACAACCCAACCCAGAAGCAGCUUGGUACAAUCGCGAAUCUACAAUGCCAGGUCUGUGACGAUCGUUUUACGGACGUUGCUGAACUGAGAAAGCACCUCUGGGACGUACAUUGCGCUCGCAACAAACCCGAAAAGUCUUUUACGAGUGAGCUGCAGUGCGAGCUUUGUACUAACAAGUUUCCCGAUGAGGAGUCUCUAGAGAACCAUAUGAAAUGGCACUCGCAGAAUCCGAUCCUUAGCGGUAACAAUGCCAGUGGUACAACCAGUAGCUUCGAGGCUCCCACAAAAACUUUCUACUGCGACAUUUGUGGCAAGUAUUACAGUAAUCGCAAACUCUACCUGCGCCACAAGAAGCUUCACAAGGUCCUCCCUGCAACGACAAUGAUGAAUCUCCAGUCGCUUCAAACGAAGCGGCCCUAUUGUCAUUCCUGCCAAAAGAGCUUUUCAACGGAUGCAUCCCUUAAACGACAUAAAGCCUCGCCCUGUCAUCAUAGUGUCGUACGCAUUCAGAAUCAGCAUGGCUCCAAGAAAAUAACGACAACCGCCCUGGUACAUCAGCCACCAUCAGAGCCUAUGAGGUUGCAGGCGGUGAAGAGGGAGCCGGGUCUGGAGUAUGCAUCAGCGAGCCAAUUGGGUGGCCAUGGCUCUAAGAGGAAGCCGGUCACUUGUCUCAUCUGCAAGACUAUGUUCCCGAACAUGAGCGUGCUCUAUCAGCAUAAGCAGCUCGUGCAUAAACUGCCGACAAGCGGUAGAGACAGGGCUAAUAGCCAGCAGCAGGCCGAGUGCGUGCCCCUGGUGAGUGCCGAAGGCCUCGUCUGUUGUAAUCUCUGUGGCAAGCAGUUCCCUGGCGUACCAAACCUUAAGCAGCAUUUUGCUCACAAACAUAAGACCAAGAGCGCCACUUUUCCCUGCAGGUCGCUCGGCUGUAAGCUCGUAUUCAGCAGUGCGCACUCCCUUAAGAGUCAUGAAACAACGCACUCGAGCAUGAUAUACAAUUGCCACUUAUGCGACGGCCAUGUGUUUUCUAGAGCUGCCAUGACUAAGCACAUGAUGACCAUGCACAAAGCAAUUUACCAAUCGGGUGCGAGCAAAAGUAGUCUUUGGUCGGAGACCGAUCUCACGACUUAUAAUGUGAAGAACUGCCAGAGCACUGCUUGUCCAAAAUGCAAGAUCAAGUAUCCCAAUUUGAGAGCCCUAAAGAUUCACUACCUUAAGUUCCAUGAGAAAUCAUAGGAGAGGCAAGGUGAUAUCUUCCAAUUGAAAUUUGUAGAAAGAAAAAAGACCACCUACACGACAUACACACGUUGCGCUAGAUUCAUGGAGGAUAAAUGUGCCAGCUUGUGAAGUAGAAUUACGAAGCUUUUAAUUGAAGAGUACAAUGCUUAUAUUCAUAAUGUAGAAAUUAAAUUAAAUUUACUUUGUCAAUAUUAUUAAAAAGAGAUCAAAAUGAAAAAAAGGAAAAAAAUAUUUAAAAAAAUUAAAAGUUAAAAAGAUUCAAAGAGAAACUUAUACGUCAUAUGUCUUGAUUAACUAUACGAAACUAAGGUUUAGAGUAAGUUUAUUAUAUUAAGAAUAAGUUUGACGAGUUUGUAUUUACGAACAAUUGUUUAAAUGAACUUUACCGUUAAUUUUAAUUCUGAUUUUACUUUACAAGCACACGUGAGUUUCAUCUUCAUGGAUUUCGCAGUUUUCCUUGUACAUUAUGCUGUAUUAUUAUUAUUUUAUUUUAUUUUUCUUCGCUUAUUUAAUGGAAAAAAAGAAUUAUGUGAAGUGUAAAACUUACAAACUAAUUAUAACAGCAAUUAUGAAUAAUUGAUUUGAGUUUAUUUUAAAUAUCUUUCAUGUGAUGAUAUAUUUUUUGAAG